AUGUCAAACUUCGACGCGAUUGCUUGCGGAAACGCGGCAUUCCCAGGCUACUCGAAGAUAUUGCCACGGCACGAAUUACUAUCAUUGACCCAAUCAAACCCGGGACUUUUGUCUGGAUUAUGUUGGAAAGCAAAUUAUGCUUGGACGAGUUAUGGCUAUAUACAUCAAGGAGGGCGGAUACAAUGGGAUGAACCUAUGGGUCCCCCAGACCACUCAUCUCGGGCACAUCUCAUAUGUCGCAGUCCAAACCUAUCAGAAGGUUGCAUCGCGGGCCAAGUAUCGUGCUAUACAUCUGGUCGGCCAAUGGAGAUCCCGUACUACCAACUUGUACCGACAAACGAGCUCUUGAUGCGCGUCGGCUUCGUAAACACGCCAGGCUCGGAAACUGAGGACAUCGAAUUGAAGGAUCGCCACAUUCUCGACGAGAGAGAUGAAUUGGCGCGUCUUUUACCCGAACUAGAGAAGGCCGGUAUACCACGAGAACCCGGUAGGAUAAACUCCCUCUCUGCGUCCACUACGCCUCUUACACAUUUAAAGCCCGCUUCGAAGCGCACAUUUGACCAGGCAGAAUGGGAGGCUAAGCUCAAGGAAGCACAAGUCUCGAAAGAUGACCUGAAUCGAAUUGUUAUGGACUACCUCGUCACUGAGGGCUACAAAUCUGCGGCCGACGAAUUUUGCAAGGAAGCUAAUAUGCCGGCUCCGGCUGGUCUCAAUCGCAUCGACAAACGGAUUGUGAUCCGAGAUGCCAGCGCGAUAUUGGAUGCCAAUCCCUCGUUGUACUUUCACCUCCAACAGCAGCGUCUGAUUGAAUACAUUCGCGCUGGACGGACAACCGAGGCAUUACAGUUUGCCCAGUCCGAGCUAGCCCCCCGAGGAUUUGAGAACCCUGAGUUCCUUUCCGAGCUGGAACGUACCAUGGCACUCCUAGCGUUUGAUCAAGUACCCGACCCCCCAGCAGACAUUGCUGAACUAUUAUUACCCGCCCAACGGACCGGACAGCUACUUAUCGGGUUGAUGAGACUCCUUGCAUGGGGCGAACAUCUUCUCGAAGAACGCGCAACAUUCCCAAGAGUCGACUUGGGCACAGAUUUCCGUAAUGUAGCAGGACCAGAAGCUCCCCGGGUCGAUGAGAAGGUUCCACAGUCCCAGGGUUUUGACCUCCGUGCGUUGGAUAAUACCGCAUCCGAGAGCUAUGAGGGGUCGUACAAGGACGGUGCUGGUUCUAGAUUUAUUGAACGGCUGAAGACUUGGGGAGUCGAGAGCCGGGGGAUCUAUCCCGUUCCGGUGGAACACAGAACCGAUCCCCAGUUCAGCAAAUCGUUCUUUGUUUGGUUAUCUUGCAACCUGAACAUCUUAUCUUUCUCCGAAGGAACAGUUGGAGUCCUAGUUUAUGGAUUAACUUUCCGGCAAGCAGCAGGCGUAAUCGUGGGGUUCAACCUCCUUUCGGCCCUGCCACCCGCAUACUUCUCGACCUUUGGUCCUAAAUUGGGGCUUCGCCAGAUGGUGCAAGCACGAUACAGUUUCGGGUACGUCAAUCCCUCUCCGUUCUCGACCAACACGAUGAUUCUAUCCGAGGCAGUUGGUUCGGCGCGAUCAUACCCGGGGACAGACGCUGAGUGUGGUCUCGGGUGGAAGGAUGAGCUGGAACGUAGGGAUUGUUAUAAUCAGUUUAAUUUCGUUAUUUCGUUUUUCGGAUACCGGAUCUUGAACUGGUACGAACGUGUCGCAUGGUUCCCCGUGUUGGUCAUGUACCUCGUCGUGCUCGGUAUCGGGGGGAAGGAUUUGACGAGCGGUGAUGGAUCGCAACCUCUGGCUCCAGCGAGGAGUGUGUUGUCGUUUGGUGCGACCGUCGCGGCGUUUAUCAUCUCGUAUGCGGCGUUGAUGAGCGAUUAUACGAAUUAUAUGCGCGUGGAUGUGGCGAGUUGGAAGGUAUUUCUGUUUAGUUAUCUAGGGUUGCUGCUCCCUACGGCCUCUGUACAACUCAUCGGAGCCGCUUUUGCUGCGUCUCUCCCGGCGAAUGCUUCAUGGAUGGCAGGGUACGAAGCAGGAGGAGCAGGCGGCCUGGUCGAUGCCAUCCUCUCCCCCUCCAAGGGCUUUGCCCGUGUGCCGCGAUAUGCGUUUUCUAUCGCCGGGACGGGGAUCCUGAUUCCGUUGGCGAUUGUAGGGAGUACGCGGUUCGAGGAGACGCUUGUUGAUUUUCUGGGACUGGUCGGGUAUUGGAGCGCGACGUUUAUUGCUGUCGUCGCUGCUGAGCAUGUGGUGUUUAGGCAGAGAGACUGGACGGCGUAUGAUAUUUCGCAGUGGAACACGGCGGGGGAGCUUCCUCCUGGGAUGGCGGCGAUUGGAGCGUGCGUGUGUUCGUUUGGGGUGAUCGUGCCUUGUAUGGACCAAGUGUGGUUCACUGGCCCGAUCGCGCGCACGACGGGGGACAUUGGGUUCGAGGUCGGACUCGUUCUCAGUGGGCUAUUGUACAUUCCAUUGAGAACAUUGGAGAAAAGGGUAUUUAGGAGGCGUGGUUUUUGGGAUUUGGCUGCGUACUCUGCUGUGCCCUGUGCCACUUUGACUGCGUACGACGACGACGGAAUGGCCGCGGUGGAAGUCGACCGCGAUGCACAGACUCCGCGACGACGAGGCGGACGCCGUGCCAUCAAGCUCCUUGUCCUCGCCAACCCAGACCGCAGCAGCAGCAGCGACGAGGACACUCCUGCCGAGAACUACUUCAACGGUUACACCACUGCUCCCUCCAGACCCGCCACCAUACGCGCCUCGUCUCCGCGGAGAACCGCCCCAUCCCCGCGGGCCGUCACCUCCCCGUCCCCGACAUCCUACGUCGGCGCAUCCGGCUCCAGCGCCCGCUCCAGCGACUCUCCCGGCCCCGAGUCCACACCCCCACCUCCCACCCCCAGCCAGAACCUCCCUCCGCUCGACCUCGUCUUCAACAAGCCCUCCUCCAAGCCACACGUGACCCCAAACCUCCCCGUCGGCGAGGACAGCGACAAUGCCGAGGCCGAGUCCUCCCAGCGCCGCUCUGCAGCCCAGGCGAGUCUCAUUUCCCGCGUUGUUCUGUACUCUGCUCAUCAACGCAUCAUCGUCGCUGUCACGCACGACGCCGAAAACUAUGUCGUUGUCGAUCUCACCGGCCACACCGAUGCACAGGCCAUCCGCGAGCGUAUACUGUCCAAGCUCCAUAUCCCAGACGAUUUGCACUCGAGCAUUGCCAUCUAUCGAACCGAGCUAGGGGGGUUUGCUAUUGGCCCAGCACUCGAUGACAACCAAUUACUCAUAGACUGCCAGCACUUUGUCUCCCGAUGCCGAUAUCCCUGUCCCCCUGCCACCCCCGACUAUUGCCCCCGUGCCACCCCUCUUGCCCUCACUAUCUUCAUUUUCUCCGGGCACUAUGCGUAUGCCCUCGUCCCAUCGCGCCGGAGCGUAUCUCCGGCCAGCGAUCGCCUGGCCUCGGCUGGCUACGAGGCAUCCGUCUCUGCCGUCUCGGACCAUGGCGAGCAGGACAUGGCCCGUUCCCCUGUCCAGGCCCUUCACCGCCACCCAGCCUCGAGGCGCGGUCGACAGAGCACAUCCUGGCGCGUUAGAAGGCGUGGCUCUGGCUCGGGCACAUCCGAUAUGAGCCCCGUAGCUUCCCAGCCAGCUCCCCCCGGCUCUUCUCCCGAACUUACAUCAUCACUCUCCGCUACGCGUGCACAAGAACGCCGCGGCAGCGUCACCCCCACGCCCACCGCCACGCGGUCCCCACCUGGAUUCGACGAAACUAAUCCUAAUAUGAAUCCAUCUACUGCUCCCAUGUCUGGUGCCGGCACCAUUCAACCCCAUGUCUCUGUUCCAGCUCAUCCCACCCAUGCCCGACGACCCUCUGAACCCGAUAGUGCCUAUGAGCGAGAGAUGGCCUUGGCUGCCGAGGAGCGCCGCCGCGAAGAAGAGACCGAGCGUUGGAUGGCCAAGCAGAGGGCCGAUCUUGCCUCCAAGCGCCAGCAGUGGGCUCGCGAUCACCCUGGGCUUGCCAAUACCAAUCCCAUGUACCAAAACGGCGCGUCUUAUCAAAAUGGAUCGGCCACGAGCGGUUAUACGAGCGGAGGUAGUAACAGUGGGUAUAUCCCCCGCGGUGCGCCCUCUGCUGCUGCUUUUCCUCCUAAUCGUACUAGCAGCCCGAUGAGGACACCCAGUGGACACGGUCGUCGUCCUACCGAUGCCCGCCCGCCAACCGAGCAGCAGUAUCGUGCAUAUCAGCAGCAGCAGCAGCAACAACAGCAGCAGCAGCCUCAGGCACCCGUACGCCAACAAGAUCCACACUAUAGUCGACAGCCCCAACGAGCUAGGCAGCCCUCGCCCGGAGGCCAGCCGUUUGUUCAGCAGGCUCCUCCACCUCCCCCUCAACCAGCUGCACAUCCAACUCCACACGCCCAGACAUAUCCUUAUCCACAACAGCAUGCAUACCCCCAGCAACCCCAACAAUACCAACAGCAAUCUUACUCUCAGUCUCAGCAACCGCAGUACAUCACUCGUAACGUCCCUGCGGGCCCACCACGCGGUGCCAUGCCCCCACGCACCCCCGGCUCCGAAUACGUCACUCAAGCGAGCCAGCAAUGGUCCUAUGAUUCUCCCGAUGUUGUCCAUCGCAUGAACACCGGCGGAACCAUCGGCCCUAUGAGUGGUGUAGGAAUCGCUCACCAGCGUGCCCAGUCGCCCCAGCUACGAGGAGGUGCCCGAAGUAUGGGCAACCUUCGCGAGAGCUACGGUGCCCCACCUGCACCCCCUCCGCCCCCGCCCGCGGCCCAAUGGGCCAGUGGGCGCGGUCCCAGCCCCGGACCUGUCAUUACCAGUCCACCAGGGCAGCAAGUGCUCAGCCCGGCAGUCUACGACGUCCGUCAGUCGCAGCCCGAGCAGCCCCCGCACCGACAGGCAUCGCACGAUGGGUAUCGUCAUUCGAAUACGUCACCUUUACAGCAGUCCCAGACGAUCCAGCCCCAGCUUCCUCCGCCGUCGAUGCAGCAGUAUCAUCAGCAGGGCGCAGGACGCGUCGCUGCCCCCGUCGAUCAGCAGCGCCAGCCCAACUAUGGCCAGUACGUCGAGCCCCAGCGCACGGGCGGGUACAUGGAGCCACAGCGCACGGGCGGAGGGUACAGCGACCAGCGCGCGAGUGCCGGGUACGAUCAGCGAAAUGGCGGAUUCGAUCAGCGCGCGAGCGGAGGAUUCGAGCCGCCUUUGCAGCGGACGGGCGGGUUUAUCGAGCCCCAGCGGACCGGUGGGUUUAUCGAGCCUCAACGCACGGGCGGGCCGUUUCUCGAGCAGCAAAAGACGGGUGGGGGGUAUGUGCAACAGCCGCCGACGCAGCCGCAGCAGCCGCAGGGGUACGAUCGGUAUGAGAGAGAGCGGUUGGAAAUGCAGGCGAGGGAGCGGAAGGAGUACGAGGCGCGGAGGGAUUAUGAGAGGAAGGAGUACGAGCAGCAGAUUCAGCAGCAGCAACAGCAGCAGCAACGGCCUGACCCUGUGCCGAUCCAGCGACCGGGCCCGCCAUCGAGGCAGCAGACGGGCACGAGUCCGAGCCAUACGUCGGCCAUGCCCCGCACGAUUACCGAGCCUGUGUCGGUUCCGAGAGCGACGGGCGAGGCUAUCCCGCGCAAUGCGAACGAGUUCAGCACGUCCCCUCGUCCCGCUGGUCCGCUUUCGAAUUGGAAUCCGCAGAAUAUGGUCGGCCUCAAUAGACCCAACGAGCCUGGUUCUUAUUACAAUCCCAACGUCAACGGAAACCCGAACCCUGCUUCGUUGGCCGACGAACGUUUAGCGGCGAGUCGCUUGCUCAGCCCCCCCAGCAGCAGCGUCCACAGUCGGCAUACGAUGCACUUCCCCCUUCGUUGCGCCCUGCAGCGCCCGGUCUUGGACGAGCGCGUCGACGACGCGUACGGUGGAAUCGAAGAGCCCUCGGUGCCGCUUUCACUCAAUACAAACGCGCUCAGCGCGCCUCCUCCGUACCGUACCGAGCCCGAAUCGUCAUCUCCUUCAUCUGUAGCGGGCGAGCCCUCGCCGAUUCCGCCCCAAACCCCGCCUACGGACCAUUCCGAACUAGAGGACAGCGGCACGGCCUCACCGAGCGCUUCGGACGCGUCGACGGUCGGAUACCCCCAUGCGCGCGAUACCGACAGCGAUCGCGACUCGACGACGGCGGUUUCCGAAUCGGACACUGCCGAUGUGGAUGGUGAUGGUGACAUUGACGCUGACGCUGGAACGCUCAAAGCGGGCGAUUACCGCGUGAUUGCUGCUGCCAUCGAACGUAUGGUCAUCGGCAAGGAGGGGGCUAUUACUCCCCCGCUGCCCCCGGCGGUCCUGUUCGCUCGGUUUCUCAGCCGAUUAUGCCCGUCGCGAGUGUGGCUCAGCCGUCGUUCCGAAACAGAACUCGGCUCCGCCCGCGACUGGGGCGGCGCUGCAACCGCAGCUGCAACUGGGGCCGCGGCUGCAGCCGGUACUGGUGCUCCGCUUGUUAGGAGGACGGCGACGCGCCCCAAGGGACUUCGGUUGCGUAUCGACGGCUCUCGGCCCUCGUCUCAUCCCGAUUCAACCCCAACUUCGACCCAAGAGAGUAGCACGAGUGGCACGUUCAUUGCAUCCACCCUCCCCUCGAAGUCCGCAAAAAGGCCCCGACGGUUAGUGGAAAUGCUAGUGGGAGCGGAAGUGGGGGCGACGUCCCAGCCCGUCCCACGCUCCCAAGCCAUCAAAACUCGUCCGCCCGAGCUCGACCAGUUCUUCCCGAAUCACGAUUUGGACAAGCCUGUCAUCGAUGCUCCCUCGGGUGGCACAUCGCCUAUCACGACCGAGGCUCCACCCAUGGCUGGCCCGGUUGCACCUCUCAUUGGCGGCCCGGGCGUAAGAAGGCACAAGAAAUCGAUCCGUGUUGUCGCGGCCGAACGCAAAAAGAUGCUCGAGCGCAUCAACGCAGCCAAGAUCCAACAGCCGCCGAUCGAUGACUCCGCGACGUAUAUGCCCGAUUCGGACUCUGCGACACUCCAGCCGGGCACGAUGGUUCCAGUCUCGAACAUUUUGCGCAAGCGGAGUACGAAAAUGUGGGGUGGGCGAGUUGAGGAGGUCACACCGGGCUCGGCUGCACUCGGGGCGGGUGCGUCUCCCAACGUGCCCGAGACUAUUCCGGAGGGUGGUCCGGGUAGACAGCGACCAACAUUCAACUUUGGCCGGGUAUACCACGCGAUGAAUUUGACGACCGGAGAAAUGAUCGCGGUCAAGCAGGUUGAGCUUCCCAAGACAGACAGUGAUCGCGCGGACUCGAGGCAAGUAACCGUCGUCGACGCGCUCAAAUCGGAGAGCGAUACCCUCAGGGAUCUGGAUCAUCCGCAUAUUGUGCAGUAUCUUGGCUUCGAGGAAACAGCGGACGUGUUCAGCGUGUUCUUGGAGUAUGUUCCUGGUGGAUCGGUCGGGAGCGUGUUGCGUAAAUUUGGCAAGUUCGAGGACGAAGUCGUGCGUUCGUUUAGUCGACAGAUUAUUGAUGGACUCGCGUAUCUCCAUAAAUCGGGUAUCCUCCACCGAGAUCUGAAAGGUGACAACAUUCUCGUUGAUCGGUCAGGCAUAUGCAAAAUCUCCGACUUUGGCAUUUCCAAGCGCAGCGAGCACGUGUACAACAACCACGAAGGAACCGCGAUGCAAGGUUCAGUGUUUUGGAUGGCUCCGGAAAUGCUUCACAGCAACAAACAAGGGUACAACGCCAAAAUAGAUAUUUGGAGCGUUGGGUGUGUGGUUCUCGAGAUGCAAGCUGGUCGGCGACCCUGGACAGAGGACGAUAUGUUUGCAGUCAUGUACAAGGUCGGUGGCUUGCGGCAGGCUCCUCCCGUCCCAGACGACGUGAUUUUGAGCCCUCUUGCGGACGACUUUAGACGAAAGUGCUUCGCCGUUGAUCCAGCUGAACGACCAACGGCUGCCGAGCUGCUCACUCACCCUUGGCUCGAAAUUCCACCCGGAUGGGUCUUUAAAGGAUUCAAGGAACGAUAA